AUGGCGGAGGCCGGGCCACAGGCGCCGCCGCCCCCGGGCACUCCAAGCAGGCACGAGAAGAGUCUGGGACUUCUCACCACCAAGUUCGUGUCGCUUCUGCAGGAAGCCAAGGACGGUGUGCUUGACCUCAAGCUGGCAGCCGACACUCUAGCUGUGCGGCAGAAACGGCGGAUUUACGACAUCACCAACGUGUUGGAAGGUAUUGGUCUGAUCGAGAAAAAAUCCAAGAACAGCAUCCAGUGGAAGGGUGUGGGGCCAGGUUGCAAUACCCGGGAGAUUGCCGACAAGCUGAUUGAGCUCAAGGCAGAGAUCGAGGAGCUGCAGCAGCGGGAGCAAGAACUUGACCAGCACAAGGUGUGGGUGCAGCAGAGCAUCCGGAAUGUCACGGAGGACGUCCAGAACAGCUGUUUGGCCUACGUGACUCAUGAGGACAUCUGCAGGUGCUUUGCUGGAGACACCCUGCUUGCCAUCCGGGCCCCAUCGGGCACCAGUCUAGAGGUGCCCAUCCCAGAGGGUCUCAAUGGUCAAAAGAAGUACCAGAUCCACUUAAAGAGCAUGAGUGGUCCCAUCGAGGUGCUGCUAGUGAACAAGGAGGCGUGGAGUUCACCACCUGUGGCUGUGCCUGUCCCUCCUCCUGAGGAUCUGCUCCAGAGCCCACCUGCUGUUUCCACCCCUCCACCUCUGCCCAAGCCUGCCUUAUCUCAACCCCAAGAAGCCUCUCGUCCAUGCAGUCCCCAGCUAACUACCCCUGCUCCUGUCCUUGGCAGCCCUGAAGUCUCAGAGGUGGCAGGCCAGACAGCUGAGAUUGCAGUGAGUGGUGGCCCUGGAACUGAAAACAAGGAUGGUGGUGAGCUCAGCUCACUGCCACUGGGCCUGACAGCACUGGACACUCGGCCUCUGCAGUCUUCUGCCCUCCUGGACAGCAGCAGCAGCAGCAGCAGCAGUAGCAGCAGUAGCAGCAGCAUUUCAUCUGGACCCAACCCUUCUACCUCCUUUGAGCCCAUCAAGGCAGACCCCACUGGUGUUCUGGAUCUCCCCAAAGAGCUGUCAGAAAUCUUCGAUCCCACACGAGAGUGCAUGAGCUCCGAGCUGCUGGAGGAAUUGAUGUCUUCAGAAGUGUUUGCCCCCCUUCUCCGACUGUCUCCACCCCCGGGAGACCACGAUUACAUCUACAACCUGGAUGAGAGUGAAGGUGUCUGUGAUCUCUUUGAUGUUCCUGUUCUCAACCUCUGACCACAGGGACGUGUCCUGUGCAGCUGCAACCCAGACUGUCUGGAUUAGGAGCCAACUAGGGACUGCCCCCAACCCCCACUCCCACCCCCAGCUUGAGAGCCCUGAC